CACCGUCGCGGCUUGUUUCACCUAAUUUUCUGAAUUUAGUAAAACUGGCUCAUCAAUUUUGGAUUUCUUAUCACCCACCAACUGGUGCGAAACAUACCUCCGGUGGGGAUGAAACGCCGCCCAUCCCAGAGGAGGAACUGGAACAGCAAAAAAUUGAACAUGAAAAACAAAUGCAAAAGGAAAAAGAAUGCCAAGCAAGAGAAGCAGAGGAAGUCAGGAAGUUGGAUAUAAAACUUCUACAUCAGCGGGCAAUAGAAGCAGAAGAGGAACAAAAGCGUGAGAUAGCCGAAGCGGUCGAAGAGUUGCGGGGGAUAAGCACUUCAUGGUCGCAUCACAGAUUAUGCGACUUACAAAGGCAAGCCGCGAGGUGGCGCCACAGCCGGCCUUCAAUCCCGGACACAAAACAUUAUAGAAAUGUCAUGAAAAAAGCCUGCAGUGCCCAGCUGACGAAACCUCAAUCUAGCCAAAGUAUAAGCGACAAUGAAGGGAUUUUCAUAAACCUUUCACGAUUGGGAUCAUGUAGAGAUGAAUCAAUUGAUAGCGACGGCUGCUGCGAAACACCGUGCUGUAUCAGUGGAGAAGAAGAAAGGAAUUGGAGAGCAUCAGCUAAUGAUGUCAGUCCAUCAAUCAGAGGUGACCUCGUCAAAGCACCUUCCUGUCCAGGGAGCGGAAUGAGGCGGCACGAGAUGCAAGGCAGGGAGGGCAGCAAGGACGACAUCAUGUCGCGCAGCGAGUCAACGGUCAGCCGCUGCACGCCACAUACGCCGCUGGGCCCACCCGACUCCGUCAGCGUUGACUCAAAUCCCAUGCCCACCAUAUACCGAUGUCGAGCUCCAAUCGCCUCGCUUGAUUGUAUGGACGAAUUCAGCGCUAAUUCCCAGCAAAUGUCGGAUCAAGCUGGCGAAAUGACUUCGUCAAAGCAUAUGUCAGCCUACAUGGGCAACCAUUCAAGUAUGCCCUCAUCAGUAACGCCUGGCCUUCGUUACAAGAACUUAGGAAAGUCGGGUCUUAGGGUACCGAAUAUUGGCUUAGGACUAUGGACGACGUUGAGUGAAGAUGCUGCAGAGGACAUCAUCAUGACCGCUUUAGAAAAUGGCAUCAACUUAUUUGACCUUUCAGAAGCGCAUUGUGCCAGAGGUGAAGUUGAACUUGGCAAGAUACUGAAGAAGAGAAAUGUAAGGCGCACAAGCGUCAUCAUCACUACAAAAAUAUAUUGGAGUACGAAAUCCAACUACACGCACCGACUUACCUGCGCAGUACGGUUUGCGCAGUCAAGUUGCUGCAAAAAAACGGAACACCAGUAUAAGUCAGAUGAAAGGGGUUUGUCUAGAAAACAUAUAAUUGAAAGUGUAAGGGCGUCACUGCAAAGACUUCAAGUCGAUUACAUAGAUGUUGUACUCUUACACAAAACUGAUCCGGUUUGUCCCAUGGAAGAGUUGGUCCGAGCAAUGAACUUUGUCAUCAAUCAAGGAUGGGUUAUGUAUUGGGGGACAGCCCGUUGGUUGCCGUCUGAGAUAAUGGACGCAUACACUAACUGUCGACAGUUCAACUGUAUCACACCUAUUGUUGAACAAACCGAGUAUCAUAUGUUCUGCAGAGAAAAAGCUGAGAUAUUCAUGCCUGAACUUUACCAUAAGAUAGGUGUUGGCGUCAUGUGUUUGAUCCCAGGGAUGAUAGCGUGGUCUGCAAUGACAACCGGCAAAGGUCGUGAAGAAAUAACUGGACUUUUUGCAAAGUCCCGAUUCAACAGGAAAUACAGCACCUUCAGCUGGUGUGAAGAUGAUUUAGCUGGUGCAGAUGUAAGCGAGAUGAGGAUUUCCAAUAGCAACGAACAGGUGGCUGGAGAGGAACCACGCACAUAUGGGGAUAAACUGCGUGAUCUCGCUAAUCUUGCUGCUACAAUGAAUUGCACUAUGAGUCAACUAGCUGUCGCUUGGUGCCUCAAAAAUGAGUCCAUAAACUGCUUACUGCUGGGAGCUACCAGUGUUGAAGAAUUUAAAGAAAGUAUUCAUGCUUUACAGAUCGUACCCCAGCUGACAUCAGUAGUUAUGAAAGAGAUAGAGCGAUUAUUGUCUAACAAGCCGCAAAGACCGCCAAUGAUCUCGACGCUCGCGAUGCGCAAUCAACAGAACAGUGCCACGGUUCGAAUAGAUUUAACUGGAGCUUCUACAUCUAAUGCGGGAACACCAAAACCUGAUGAAAUAUGCGCUGAGGUUGAGAUCACCAACGCCCCUAAAGAGCCGGGACGUGGCUUCUGUGAGAUUCAGUGACUGUGGUGGCGCGGAAGCAAUGAGUCUGCUUCCAAAUCUAGUAAAUCAAAGGAAUCAGUUAAAGAUGGCAAGCCUAAAUACUUUUUGAACAAUGCUGGAGAAGUGAUUAGACGCGUUGAACACAACGGCGUGUCAACUGAUGUGGUAGUAUCUAUAUCAUCUUUGAAAGGGAAACAGCCAGCGUCAGGUGGCAGCAAAGUCAAAAAAUCCAAAUCGGACAAUUCGAAGCCCCGUUCUGCCUCUUUGCAACGAUCAUCUUCAGGGCAACUGUCAGUUUCUCGGGACAGGCGUAGGUCACGAUUCGACUUGCCUUCACCAGCUGACGUGUAAAAUGAAGACACACAAAAUGUAAUUUUGUAACGAUAAUGGUUCUUUAAAUAAAAUAAUAUGACAACGGCUGAAGUAAGUUAUGGAGUUAGUUAAGAAUAAUGUCGGUGAACUCUUUCAUGUUUACCUUGCUAUGGCAUAAUUCCCUUAUAUCUAUCGUCUUUGUACUCAUAAUGAAUGUGGCAAAAUCGUAUUUCAAUUUUUUGGCGCCGAAAAAUUUUGGCUGUUAAUGGGACUGUGAUGAAAAGUUGGAUUUACUCUAAUAUUUUAAAAUGAAUGUCGAUACGAUAUUUCUGAUGGUGGUUCUGGGUAGUCUUCAUGACGUAGUAUUUUCGUGCAGAGCACAUUGAGGCUACCCUUAAGAUAGUUUCAAAUUUCGGAACAUUAUUAAAAGUAGAUUUCUUUGACGUUAUAAUGAUUGUUAUAAUCAAUAUAUAUGCUCUAUUAUGUAUUUAACGCGAUAUAAUCGAUUUCAUUAAUUUUCAUAAUCAGAUAAUUAUACAAGGAUUUACUUCAUCGUUUAGUUAUAGGUCUGUUCAACGCAUAAUUUACUUAAUAUUAAUGUAAAGAAGCACUGAAAUCUACACAAGAUUUGGUUUAGGGAAAGAUAAUCCUUAAAUAUUAAUACGAUUUUUGAAUUAUGUACCGAAUGUACGACGUAUGUCUUAGAUAUUAUGUAGUUCGUGGUAAAUCUGUAGUUAUCGUUACAGUGCAUUUAAGGUGUCUUUUAAUUUAGAUGAAGGAAUGGGAGUUACUGCCGCGUUCACGAUACGGUUUGCACAUGCCAUUAUUAACACAAAUUAAAUAGCAAACAUAUUUAUGUUAAGCUUUAUUUGAAUUAUAUAAUUAUAGCAAUAACUAUUUUUGUAAGCUUAAUCAUAAAGUUAUAAGUAAAGGUUACGAUAAUGUACUAAUUAAUUUAUUAUACUAGUAUUUUGUUUCUUGUUAAGUGAAAAAGUACACAAGUA